GCUAGGGGAUGGCCCGGCUGGGUUCCCGCGGGUGAGCAGCGCCUGGCAGCAGCAGAGCAGAGGCAGGAUGUCCCAGUCCGUGACGUCUGUGGUGAGGUUCUCCACGUAUGACAAUAUCACCCACUCUGUUGCCAAUGCCCUGGUUAUGGCCUCAGAUAAUGUGACGGCUCUGCCCCAAACAACAACAUGGGCAAUCAACGACACCAACAUCACUGUGCCACACAAGUGCCUGCUCCUGCUAUAUGAAGACAUCGGGAAGUCCAGAGUCCGCUAUUGGGACCUUAUGCUUCUGGUUCCCAAUGUGCUUUUCUUUGUCUUUCUUCUCUGGAAACUGCCCUCUGCCAGGGCCAAGAUCCAUGUCACCUCCAGCCCCAUCUUUACUACCUUCUACAUACUAGUGUUUGUGGUGGCUUUAGUUGGGAUUGCUCGUGCUGUUGUCUCCAUGACAGUCAGUGCCUCUGAUGCCGCCACAGUUGCCGAUAAGAUCCUGUGGGAGAUCACAAGGUUCUUCCUCCUGGCCAUUGAGCUGAGUGUGGUGAUCCUAGGCCUUGCCUUCGGUCAUCUCGAGAGCAAUUCCAGUGUCAAGCCUGUACUGGUGAUCGCCACAGUGUUGUCACUGGCUUACUCUGUUACCCAGGGGACACUGGAGAUCCUCUACCCUGAUGCUCACCUCUCAGCGGAAGACUUCAACAUCUAUGGCCAUGGAGGAAGGCACUUCUGGCUCGCCAGCUCCUGUUUCUUCUUUCUGGUCUAUUCCUUGGUGGUGAUUCUUCCAAAAACUCCCCUGAAAGACCGGAUUUCUCUGCCAUCUAGGAAGAGUUUUUAUGUCUAUGCUGGAAUUCUCGCUCUGCUGAAUCUGGUGCAGGGCUUGGGCAGCGCCCUUCUCUGUGUGGAUAUCAUAGAAGGAUUGUGCUGUGUCGACGUUACCACGUUCCUCUACUUCAGCUUCUUUGCACCUCUCAUUUAUGUGGCAUUCCUGAAAGGCUUCUUUGGGUCUGAGCCGAAGAUCCUUUUCUCCUACAAAUGCCAAGUGGACGAGCCUGAGGAUGUAGAUGUGCACCUCCCCAAUGCCUACGCUGUGGCCAAGAAAGAGGGCGUGGAUUCCAGCUUCUACUCCAGCACCCAGAUCGACACCACAGCCUACCUGGAUGACAUCGCCUCAAUGCCCUACCACGUGGGCAGUGUCAACAGCAUUGACAGUGACCGCUGGAAAGCCAUCAAUGCCUAAAUCAACCCAGACCCCCAGCACGAUGCCACCCUCCCUGAUCACACAGCUGCUAGGAUGUGCAUCACAGAUGGUCCUCAGUCACUUGAUGUGGCUUUUCCCUCUUCCCCUGGGCUUUAAAAAACCCAUUGUGGAACAAAAUGGCUCCAGCCCUCCCAGAAGGACCUUUUGUAUCUUCAUGUGAUAACAGCCUAGACCAGCUUUGUUCAUAAAUAUCUAAAUGCUGAACCUUCCUGAUCCUUGGUGUUCCAGAUGUAGCUGUGACCCAGAAGAUGGGCCUGGCUGGCACCCGUUCCUUUUCAGUGACUGAAAACACUUGUGUAACUGGGAGGGGAGUGGGAUUUUGGGGUGGGCGAGUUGAGAUUGGCUUCUCCAGGGUGCAUAUGUGCGAAGCAUUCAGCACAUGGAGCCAAAGGCACUUUCAUGGGCUGUCUCAACAGGUCCCAUUUCCCAAGUCAUAUUGCAUUGUAUUGUAGGAAGAGCGCUGUAUGGAGAGAGGAAGUCUGGGAGAGCAGGGCUACUCCUCAAUUCCAGCAGAUACUGAUGGAAAUCAUGAACUGUAGUAAAAUGGGAAUUACAAGGAGUGUUUUGGGAGUGUAUGGGAGAAGGCUCACUGAUGAGCGAACUGUUAAAUGUGUCCUGUGACCAUUACAGGGGCACUGUCUGGGAUCUGGCAGAUCAGCUAUAUCCUGGGUCAAGGAAAGAGACUUUUAAAGAGCCAGCAUUGCUGUCUGUUGGAGAGACAGUGGCUAUGGAAGGGUCUCUGAAGACCAUGCUUAUGCGCAACUGAACUCAUACUGUGAACUUGCAGUGUCAAGCGGCUAUGUAUUUUACACUGAAUUAGGGUUGAAUUUUAAGAAUAAAAUUGGCCAAGUGUGAGUUUUUCA